CUGUAGUUAUAAGGCUGGAUCUGUGAGUAAAGAUUAGUCGAUGUAAGUUUCCCAGCCGGACAGAAAGCUCAUGGCUGUGCAUUCAUUCCGCUAUGGAUUGAGCACUACGAGCUGUCAUUACAGCUGAUGCGCUGAAACCCAGCAGGUUCUUUUCCCUGGUCCUGGUCCUGAUCCUGACCCGGUUUACUGACUCAGUCCAGGAGAAAGCAUCAGUGACAGCACUCGGUGUGCGUGUUAGAAGUGCUAAGGAGUGUAAAGAAGUGUGUGGACUGUAUAGGAGAAAGAUGGGGAGGAUGAGGAUGAUGAACUCGGGCUUCUUUACGCUCGUCUGGAUCUUCAGAAUCAGCACCAGCGCGCACGCGGCUACUUCAUCUGCGCACAAGUGUGAUGAAGCCCUGGCCACACCUCUUUCUCACAGUGUCUUCAGUGGUUCAUCUGUGUUUACCACUGGAUAUGCUCCCGGAUAUGCCAAACUGAACAGAAGAGGAGGUGCUGGAGGCUGGUCACCGCUCGACACUGAUCAUUAUCCGUGGCUGCAGGUGGACCUGGGUAGCAGGAAGCAGGUGACGGCCAUCGCCACGCAAGGCCGAUACAGCAGCUCAGACUGGACAACACACUACCGGUUACUUUACAGUGACAUGGGCAGGAACUGGAAACCCUACCAUCAGGAUGGAAACAUCUGGGUGUUUACAGGAAACUCCAAUACAGAGAGUGUAGUGCGUCAUGAUCUUCAGCACAGCAUCGUUGCCCGAUAUCUACGCUUCGUCCCUCUUGGCUGGAGUGAAGAGGGUCAGAUAGGUCUGCGGAUAGAAAUUUAUGGCUGUUCAUACUGGGCUGAUGUGAUUCACUUUGAUGGUGAAGGUGUAAUCUCCUACCGAUUCAAGAUGAAGAAGAUGAAGAUCCUGAAGGAUGUGAUAGCACUGAAAUUUAAGACGGGUGAAAGUGAUGGGGUGAUCUUGCAUGGCGAGGGUCAACAGGGUGAUUACAUCACAUUAGAGCUAAGGAAAGGAAAACUGUUGCUUCAGAUUAACCUUGGCAGCAACCAGUAUGGUUCCAUCCUGGGCCACACGUCAGUGAGUAGCGGCAGCUUGCUGGAUGAUCAUCACUGGCACUCGGUUGUGAUCGAGCGCUACCGGAGAAAUGUCAACUUUACCCUGGAUCAGCACACUCAGCACUUUCGUACCAAUGGCGAGUUCGACCAUCUCGACCUUGACUAUGAGCUGAAUUUUGGAGGAAUGCCCUACUCAGGCAAGCCUAACUCAGGAAGUAAGAGAAAUUUCAUCGGCUGCAUGGAGAGCAUCAUCUACAACGGAGAAAAUAUCACUGACCUGGCCAGAAGAAAGAAACUGGAUACCUCUAGCUUUCGCAACCUGACAUUUUUCUGCGUGGACUCUCACACCUUCCCAGUUUUCUUCAAUGCCACAAGUUUCCUGCAGUUACCGGGCAGAAGGGAACACAACAUGGUGUCCGUAAGCUUCCAGUUUCGCACUUGGAAUGCUAACGGCCUGCUCCUGUUCAGCACACUGGCUGAUGGCAAGUUGGAGCUUGUGUUGAAAGAUGGCAAAGUCAUGGUGCACAUCAGUGUCCUCCAGCUAAAAAGCUCACAGGUUGACCUGGCAUCAGGUUCAGGGCUGAACGAUGGAGAAUGGCAUGAUGUCCGCUUUCUGGCCAAAGAGAACUUUGCCAUGCUGACCAUAGAUGGAGAGGAAUCAUCAGCUGUGAAGUCCAACACGCUCAUUCACAUUACCACUGGAGGACUGUAUCAUUUCGGAGGUUAUUUCUUACAGACCCGGGUAUCCCCCUCACAGCGCUCGUUUCAAGGCUGCAUGCAGCUCAUCCAGGUGGACGAUCAGUUGGCCGACAUAUCAGCAGUGGAGCAGGGUGUGAUAGGAGCUUUUCAGAAUGUCAGUCUGGAUAUGUGUGCCAUUGUAGACAGAUGUUUGCCCAAUCAUUGUGAGCAUGGAGGACGGUGCACUCAGACCUGGGACACCUUCAGCUGCUCCUGUGAUGGCAUCGGGUACGCCGGAGCUACCUGUCACUCCUCCAUCUAUGAGCAGUCAUGCGAGGCUUAUAAGCACCUGGGGAAAACUUCAGACGUCUACUGGAUCGAUCCUGAUGGCAGUGGACCUCUAGGGCCAUUCAGAGUUAUCUGCAACAUGACAGAGGAUAAGGUGUGGACGAUGGUGAUAAACAACCUGCCAGCUCAAACAGUUGUCUCAGGUUCAAGCAGGGAGAGACGCACAGUGCUGCAUGUAAACUACAGUGCUACCAUUGAGCAGAUCAGUGCCAUUACAGACGCUGCAGAACACUGUGAGCAGCACAUUGCCUACACCUGCCGCUCGUCACGUCUACUCAACACACCCGAGGGCAGUGCGUAUACAUGGUGGGUUGGCAAAGGUAACGAAAAGCACUUCUACUGGGGUGGAUCUGCACCAGGAAUCAAGAAAUGUGCCUGUGGAAUUGAACGUAAUUGCACAGACCCAAAAUACCACUGCAACUGUGAUGCUGAUCGGAAACAGUGGCGUGAAGACUCUGGGCUUCUGGUCUAUAAGGACCACUUACCUGUGAGUCAGGUGGCUGUAGGGGACACAAAUCGAGCUGGAUCGGAGGCCAAGCUCACUGUGGGAGCUCUACAGUGUCAUGGAGACCGUAGUUACUGGAAUGCAGCGUCCUUCACCACACCAUUCUCCUACCUGCAUUUUUCUACUUUCCAAGGAGAAAUAAGUGCUGAUAUUUCAUUCUACUUUAAGACCUCUGCACCUCAUGGAGUUUUCUUGGAGAAUUUGGGCAACACAGAUUUUAUCUGCCUGGAGCUAAAAUCACCAACUGUGGUUUCCUUCUCGUUCGAUGUGGGGAAUGGGCCAGUGCAUCUGAAGGUCCACUCACCAAUGCCACUAAAUGAUGACCAGUGGCAUCACAUUAGCGCAGAGAGGAAUGUUAAAGAGGCUGUGCUGCAACUGGAUCUGCAGUACAGGGAGGUUCGAGAUGCACCUGCACAAGGACAUACACGCCUAGAGCUCUACAGUCAGCUGUAUGUGGGUGCAGCAGGAGGGCAGAGAGGCUUCCUCGGAUGUAUCCGCUCCUUAAAGAUGAACGGCGUCACCCUUGACUUGGAGGACAGAGCGAAAGUGACUCCUGGAGUCGAACCUGGAUGUUCAGGUCACUGCACCAGUUUCGGGAUGUACUGUCGCAAUGGAGGAAAGUGUGUGGAGAAAUACAAUGGCUACUCAUGUGACUGCAGCGGAACAGCUUACGAAGGACCUUUCUGUACCAAAGAUGUGGGUGCUUUCUUUGAGGCAGGAACUCUCGUCCGCUAUAACCUGAUGCCUGAGCUGACAGCUGCUCCAUCCAGCAUAGACGGGAAAGACCUGAGCCGUUCACAGCUGAUGGACAAGAACCUGAACCAAGAAGUUGUGACCUUCAGUUUCAGCACAUCCAACACUCCCAGCAUCCUCCUGUAUAUCAGCUCAUGGAGCCGUGAUUACAUGGCACUGGUGUUGAGGCACAACGGUACCCUGCAGCUGCGUUAUAACCUCGGAGGUCUGCAUGAACCUUUUACCAUUGAUCUUGACCAACGCAAUUUAGCCAAUGGACAGCCACAUUAUGUCAACCUGACUCGGAAAGAGCGAGAAAUCAAAGUGCAGCUGGAUCACUAUCCUUCAGUCAGCUACACCUUGCCUGAAGCAUCUGACACUCAGUUCACUCUGGUCAAAACCCUCUUCCUAGGAAAGGUCUACGAAACUGGUCUCAUUGACCCAGUGCUGAUAGAGAAGUACAACACUCCUGGCUUUAUAGGCUGCUUAUCCCGAGUGCAGUUUAACAGCAUCGCUCCUCUGAAAGCAGCUCUUCGCUCACAGCACUCUCUGCCAGUGUCGCACCAAGGAAAACUGGUUGAGUCCAAUUGUGGCUCGUCGCCUCUCACCAUCUCACCGAUGUCAGCUGCCACCGACCCCUGGCACCUGGAUGGAGGUGCUAACUUCCCAUUCAACGAAGAGAUAGUCAUACCAGACGGCGUGAACAGGAAUUCAGCAGUAAUUGGAGGUAUCAUUGCUGUGGUCAUCUUCACUAUCCUGUGCAUUCUGGUGUUCCUGAUACGUUACGUGUUCCGGCACAAGGGAACGUACCGCACCAACGAGUCCAAAGAGGCCAAACGCUCCGAAUCAGCUGACACGGCCAUCAUCGCCUCCGAGCUCAAUUUCACAGAGACCAUUGAUGAAAACAAGAAGGAGUGGUUUAUCUAAGAUGUAUUUCCUGUGGAUCAUACACACACUCUCACUGGGCGUCCAGAAUGUGGGAGCGGUCAUCGAUGUGAGCUGAAAAGCUGAACUGGACACACAGGAUGGCUGGUCUCUGUUGUGAUUGGACAAUUGAAGAGUCUUUCACAUAUUCAUUGUAAAUUGAGUGG